AGGGGAGGAGCAGGGAGGAUAGGCAGGUGGGCAGAGGCGAAGACGGGGACGAGGAAAGUGAGGAGAGCGGGCGAGCCUUGGCCGUCACCUCGGCGUCGGGCGUGGCAACGUCAGCACCGCUACCUUAUUGGUCCUCGCAAUGCAAUCGCCUGUCCGUCGCUCUUCUUCUCUUCUGUUCUCUUCCGCCAAGUCCUCCCUUAUCCUUCGACGCCAACUCGCGACCGACCGUCCCCUUAAGGGCCCCUUUAGGUCCCCCUCAGGUCCCCUAAGAUUCCUCUAAGGCUCCGCUAAGGACACUUCGCAUCCCGCUCGCGUCAUCCACCUCCGCUGCCCUGUUCCCCGCGCCGCCGCAUCCGUGGCACUGCAGCGUCAGCUUGCCGAAGACCGAUGACGCAACGGGGCUGCGCCGCGAGCAUGCGCAGCCGCCGCCCGCCGCAGCCUCCGCCCGCAGCCGAGGCAACGACGGACCGCGCCGCCCUCGCCAACGUUUACUGAAGACGCGGUGUUCACCUGGACAGCAUCUCGGACCCACAUUGCUCCUGGUUAUGAAGCCGCCUGCAAACGCUCUCUCCACGGAGCUUCGAGUGGCUAUCCGAACGAAGUGUUGAAGCCUCAGGAUUUACUCGCAAAUAGAACAGUUCUUUAGACGUUGUUUAAGCAAGAUCUUUUUUAGACAAAGUGUUUGGUUUUAAUGCCGUGUCGUGUUCGAUGAAAAAUCUCACCAGAUGAUUAGUGUUUGGACAAUAUUGUGUAGAAGUGAAUAGUUUUUUUUUUCGUUUUUUUUUUUUUUUGUUUUUUUUUUAUUGUCUUUGUUUGAACAAAGGGAAAUGUGCAUGUUCUUUCUGAGUGCAGUGAAGUUUCGUGCAUACAGUGAAUCAGUGGUGUGUGUUUCCAGUACUGUUAAAAGGACACUCAUAUCACUAUCCAUUAUGUGGGCGUCUCAGCUGCCAAAAGCCAGUAUUCUGCGCCUCUGCCCGCGCUCCCUUCCCAAAAUGAUGUUUCCCAACCAUCCCACUGACCGAUCUCCAUUCUUCUCCCGUAACAGAAACAUGUCAAAUCGAUGGCGUUUCCGUCGCCGCGCCAGCAGGAGAACGGCGCCCCCGCCGCGUCCUCCUCCUCCGCCGACGCCGUCGUGAGCCGCCUGGAGCCGCUGGCCCUGGCGUGGGCGCUGUGGCUCAAGCUGAGGACGAUCGUGACGCAAGUGGCGGUGGAGCCCGUGAUGCUGCUGGACGGCCUCGGGUUUUCCAUCAUGAUCGUGUACGUGGAGAACCUACAGAUGGACAAGAUCUGCCGCGUGAACCUCAACUACACGGAGGAGGUGUGCGAGAACCUCUCCCACUACCCGGAGGAGAACCUGAAGCUCCAGCAGUCGUUCAGCAUGUUCGGCAUGUACAACGGCAUCAUCAUGGCGUUCAUCCCGCUGUUCUUCAUCCUGUUCAUGGGCGCGUGGAGCGACAAGUACGGGCGCAAGGUGCCCCUCGUCAUCGCCAUCAUCGGGCACUUCUGCUGGGCGGCCGGCUAUCUCGUUAACUCGUGGAUGCCCGAGUGGCCCGUCGAGUACAUCCUGGUCGCGGCGCUCAUGGACUCGCUUGGCGGCGGUAACGUGUCCUUCCUUACUGCUGCCAACGCUUACAUCAGCGACGUCACCUCGGAGGAGACGCGGACGUCGCGGGUGGGCUUUGCCAACAGUAUCUGGUUCCUGGGCGGACCCAUCGGCACGCUGCUCGGAACCUACAUCUACAAGUACGGCGGUUACCAGAUCCUCUUCGGGACGUCGGUGCUCAUGUACAUCGUGUCCCUCGUGUACCUCUUCUUCCUGCCCGAGAGCCACGGGCCCUUCAGGAAGAUUAAGACCACCGAGAAGACCGAAGCCAACGACGGUGACCAACAGCAACAACAGACGGCGGCAAGCAAAGACUCCCCCGGACCCGAGAGCGAGGAGCCGGAGAGGGACGUCGAGGAAAUCACGGCAUGGAAAAUGGUGUGCGAUUUCUUCAGCUACGACCGGAUCGUGGACUCAUUCCGGUGCACAUUCAAGGCGCGCGGGGGCAUGCUGAGGGCCUUCAUCCUCCUGCUGAUCCUGUGCAACCUCCUGCGACGUCUGGGAAGAGGCGCUUACAUGUACCUUUUCACGAGGAAAGUCCUACACUGGAGGGCUACGGAUUAUGGGCUUUGGGUCACCUACAAGAACCUAAUGGCUGCUCUAGGUUCUAUGGUCGCCGUCCCGCUCCUCUCCUCCGGUCUGGGUAUGUCGGACAAUUACCUGGCCAUCUUGGGUGCGACCGCCUCCGUGUGCGACUACAUCUUGUACGGCCUCGUGUCGGAAGACGUGGCGGUGCUCGUCUGGGUCGCUCCCGCCGCUGCGAUUCUGGUGAAUUCGUGUGUUAUUGCGAUUCGAUCGAUGCUCUCCAAGUUCGUCACUGGAGAUGAAUUAGGCAAAGUGUCAGCCGUCAUGGGUGCCCUCGAUGGGGUCAUGCCCAUGGUUAGCUUCUCCCUCUACACUGCAGUUUAUCACGCCACAGUCCACGUUUUUCCAGGCGCUCAGUUCUUCUUCGGGGCAUCGGCGAACCUGCUCAUGACUAUAAUCUUUAUAUUCAUCAUCAUAUUCACGACGAGCAAGAGCUACAGCAUCAAGGACCUGCACGAGACGGAGAGCAAGGGCACGGUCCAGCCGACGUCCCUGCGGUUCUUUAGCGAGCGCCUGAACCGCCACCUGCAGCCGGGGCGGGAGGUGAGCGACCCCAGCACCCAACGCACCGCUAUGGUCCUCUCCGCCGUGAACUUCCACAUCGCGACGCCCCGACAGGAGAAGAGGAGGGUGGGGCGGUCCCAGGGACACCGCGACGCCCCCAAAGAAGUGGUCCCGAGCCACGCGCCAAAGAAGCUCACGGACGCCGACAUGAAGCUCGUGCAGGAGGAGUUGACCUUCCCGCAGAGAAGGUCGUCGACGCAGAGUCUUCCGCAGCCAGCCAGGAGGGCGCUGAAAGGGGUCGACAACCCUUCUUAUAUUGAGACCGAGUCGAGUGAGCCCCUUGACCGAAGGGCGGAAGACAGAGUGACCCCAAGGGCGGAGAACCCCACGACUUCCGCGAGUCAAAAGGGGACCACGACGACGACCCAGUGAAGCGCGAGUGCCGUGGCCUUUCACUGGCUCUAGUUAUGUGAGGAGGUUACUUAUGUACCGACUACUACCUUUUAAUAUAUUUCAUGAGUCUGAAGGAGUUGGUUCGUCCUGUGAUAAGUAACUAGUUAAACCUGUGGUACGUUGUAGUGCCGCUGUCUAUACGCAAGUACUUACGAUGAUGACGCAGCCGUCUUUACUAUCUUGAAUAAUCGUGCAAGUGAAAAUGAAACUGUUACUUAUGAGUUAAUCACCGUUACAAGGGUGAAGUAUUGGAUUAAUCUGAAUCUUCGAAAUGAACAAAAGUAAGUGUUUGUUCAAAGUUUUGAACAAGUUCCACGUGGCCCCUCUGGCCCAACCUUCUAUCCGUCCAUUCUAUUUUUUUCCUUCUUCUUUUUCAAUCUCCAUAACUGAUCACUUCUCUUUUCCUCCAUUUCUCCUUUCUGUUCCACCUCUUUCUCCCAAGAUGAUGCUCCGUUUGCGAAGUGGACGCAAGAACGUUCAAUAACCUCUCUACUGAACAUGUUUCCCAUCCCUUGGCAUAGAGUAGAAUAUCCUAGUUUAUCAACGCUUUGUGGUGGAGGAGUUGGUUAGGAGUGUCCAAGUCGCUAGAACAUUAGUUUUACAAAUCUCUAUUUAUUAGCCAGCGGUUCAAGGGAUAGACCUAAAUUUAAGGAAAAUAAAUUAACCAGUAACAGAACAGAACAGGAGACUUGACUGGGCCUUUCAUUUCGACACAGCGUGGAGACAAAGACAAAAAAUAGAUAAAUAAAUAAAAGAAAAAGAAAAAAAAUAACAGGUGUCUCGUGUGAUUAAGCCAAAGUAACACACCAAAGUCUAGUCAUGUCUGGGAUUCCUCUGAAGUGUAGCUGACGAUGUAAAACGAACACAAUUAAUGAGUAUAUGUGAUUACGAUACGUGGUGCUGAUAGUGUGUCUGAUAUGUAGAUAUUGUGUCUGAUAGAUAGGUAGAUAGUGUGUCUGAUAAAUACUGUGUCUGAUAGAUGGGUAGAUAGAGUGUCUGAUUGGUAGAUAUUGUGUCUGAUAUAUAGGUAGAUAGUAUAUUUGAUUGGUAUAUAGGGUGUAUGAUAGAUAGGUAGUGUAUCUGAUAGAUGUUUAUAUGUGAUAGAUAGACAGCCAGAUAGUAUAUGAUAGAUAGGUCGUCAUUGGUGCGUCAGAUAGACAAGAAGAUAGAGUUUGGUAGAGAAAUAGUGCAUUUGAUAGAUAGUGUGCCUGACAGAUAACUAUAUAUUGCGAUUGAAAGAUGAAAAAAUAGAGAGAAGCAAGAGUACAAGGCAAGGAUGUGAAGGCUAUUGUUAAAAAAAGAUAAGUAACAUGAGAAUGAUGAGGAUGACUGUGUUGUUUUGAGAUCCGUGUGUGUGUGUGUGUGAGAGAGAGAGAGAGAGAGAGCAAGAGAGAGAGGAGAGAGAGAAUUAAAUGAAUGGAACACCGUGGUUAAUGGAGAGUAGAUUACAAAAAAAACAGGUGAAACAAGCAGUAGCUGUGCGGAUGUUGUGCGUGGCGUUGACAGCAGGAUGGCAGGGGUCAGCGGAUUUCGGUGUCAAAGAAAAAGAAAAACAUAACUUUAGACAAAAAUUAACAAUGAUAAUAAAGGUGUACGAGAAUCCGCCAAAAGACUUUUGUGAUGUAUUUUAUCAAGUGUCAGUUUAGUAUGGGCUUUCCUUUUCAUUCAUUCUUCUUUUUUAGCUAUUUUUAGGUUUACACAUUGUGUAAUACACUUAUAUGAAUAAAAAAAAAAGACAAAUUAA